AUGCCAGAUCUCAAAUCAUCCUCCCCGAGCCACACCCAGUCGAGAGUUUUCCACGCAAUAUAUAUCAACCCUGCCAUCCUCCCUCUUCGGCCCUCUCAUGAUCUCUGUCAAAUCCACCACCGCAUUAACACCAUGUCGACCACCCCAGACCAGACACACGCUGCCCCCCAAGACGAGGCCAAACCCCUCCCUACCUCGACGACCACCUCAGAAUGGGAAACACCCCUCAUCCAAUGCUUCCCCUGUGGCCUCUUCUGGAAAGCAAUCGCCUGCCCAUGCAUUUUCUACGGCCAAACAGCCCAGCGCCUCCGAGACCCUAACCUCCCUGCCGAAGAAAACAACGCCGAUUGCAAGGACUUUGCUGUGAAUAAUGUCCUCCUGUCGAUUGACAUCAUGAAGCAUCGCGCAGAAAUCAGAAAGAAGUACAGCAUCCCUGGCAGCGAGACAAAAGACUGUUUGGUGUCUUGCUUUUGCUGCUCGUGCGCUGUGAUGCAGCAGGAUGGGGAGUUGAGGGGACGGCAGGAAAAGGAGGGGAUUAGGGUUGGGUAUAAGAGGCAGGCGGGGAUGGUUCUGCCUGGUGGUGGGGAGCGGCGGCGGGAGGGUUGGGGUGAGGUGGUGCAGUAGUGAGGGGGGUGAAAAGAGACUGUUUGGAUCGUGAUGAUGUUUGUUUAUAUGUUGGGUUUGGUCUUACUGUCAGCUUUGGAGAGGCUGUGACUUGUUGGGGCAAGAUGCAAUGUAAUGCAAGUGUUUACUGUCCCGCAUCUUCUUCAGAAACUCAGCGAGGGACUGCCCAAGAAAAGAUGUUACGUAGGUGUAUUGACCUGGCGCUGGGGUUUGAGACUGUUGAUAUGUGGAAGACUUCAAACGCUCCCUGGGGGCUAUUAGAAAAGAAACGGUCCGUAGAAAAAGGACAAUCAAUGGCUGUUGAUAUUGUG